AUGCGGCUGGUUGCUAUUUUCUCUUUCCUUGCUCUCACCUCGGCCGUAGUCGCCACCGAUCCUAGUACCGAACUUGAUCAGCGUGACAUUGAUGAGAUUAACUUUUCUGAUGCCUACGCCGAUGCCCUCGCCUACCACAAGCGGGAACUUUUUACGCGCGCAAUAGCCAAGAACGUGAAGCACAAGCGUCGCUGCAGCUCCGAUGAUGACUGCAACAAGGGCUGGCAAUGCAAGCGUGGUUUCUGUAAAUUAACCACAGUGACAAUGGCGCUGCAAGCCAUCAUAUUAGUAAAGAUGAGAUGA